CUGCGCCGGCGGCCGCUGCGGUGCAUGCUGGGCGCGCCCCCUUCUUCCCGCGGUGACUGUGCACAUAGCUGGGGCGACGUUGCUGCUACCGCUGCCGGCUCGUCUGCGACGCUCGCCCGCCUGUCACUGCCGGGAUGGUGGGCGUGAAGGGGAUCGCCAACGACGCCGAGUUCCAGAGCGAGCUGAGCGCCGCCGGGUCCCGCCUAGCGGUGGCCAAGUUCACAAUGCGGGGAUGUGGGCCGUGUUUAAGGAUAGCUCCUGCUUUCAACUCUCUGAGCAAUAAAUAUCCCCAAGCAACCUUUUUGGAAGUCGAUGUACAUCAGUGUCAGGGAACAGCUGCAACCAAUAAUAUAUCAGCCACCCCGACGUUUCUUUUCUUCCGGAACAAAGUUCGAAUCGACCAGUAUCAAGGCGCGGAGGCUGUGGGGCUAGAAGAGAAAAUCAAGCAGCACCUAGAGAAUGACCCAGGAAACAAUGAGGAUACUGACAUUCCAAAGGGAUACAUGGAUUUGAUGCCGUUUAUCAACAAAGCCGGCUGCGAAUGCCUUAACGAAAGCGAUGAACACGGGUUUGAUAACUGUUUACGUAAAGACUCUUCUUUCCUGGAAUCGGACUGUGAUGAGCAGCUGCUCAUUACCGUUGCUUUUAACCAGCCUGUCAAGCUUUAUUCUAUGAAAUUUCAUGGGCCCGAUAACGGUCAAGGUCCCAAGUACGUAAAAGUGUUUAUCAACCUCCCCCGAUCAAUGGAUUUUGAAGAAGCAGAAAGGAGCGAGCCCACCCAAGCUCUGGAGCUAUCGGCAGAUGACAUCAAAGAAGACAGUAUUAUCCAGCUUCGCUAUGUAAAGUUUCAGAACGUUAACAGUGUAACCUUAUUUGUCCAGUCCAAUCAAGGAGAUGAAGAAACAACGAGAAUCACGUAUUUCACGUUCAUCGGAACGCCAGUCCAAGCGACAAAUAUGAAUGAUUUUAAGCGGCAUUUCCCCGGCCCCAAGAGAUAAAAAUGCAGAAGAUAUGCGCAUAAAUAUUUUUAAAAUGUCCUCUCCUUCCACCACUCCCCACCCCAGUUUCCUGCUCAUCCGUAGCGUCUGCCUUGCCUUUAUCUGCCAUUUCACUGCUUACGGUGCCGUCGCUGCCUACUCUGCGCCUUCUGGGACAGCGUUCCUGGGCCUCUUUUUUUCCUCACGGACUCAUCUCUUUUGUUUUUAACCAUCUUUUAAAAAUCUUCUUUCACAUACCACGUUGCUUUUUCAACUGUCUCGUUCUGUUACCAGCAGGGCUACUUCUUGUCACACGUCCCUGUAAUUUGGGUGCUUCCUAUCUUGGGUUAUCGCCUUACACUUUUAUAUCGGGAGGAUGUCCCCCCCCCCCCCCCGAUAUCAUCUUUGCAGUUUUAUUGUGUGAGUCGAGUGUGAUGGGGGAGGGCAUGCUUUUGCAAGAUCGCUUUGUGUUGGGAAGAGCUACGGUUGUCGCUUUGGUCGGCAUGGGGAGCCAUGUUGAUAUCAGUAUCAUCUUAGUGCCCAACAAGAUUUUGGGGGUAUAAACUUUCAAGAGCCUAAGCUCCCUUCAUUAGAUACACUUUAACUCUGGAAAGCAUGUACCCUUCAAAAUCUUGAUGGGCUCUAAAGUACUGGUAGAAUCUAAUCGAGCUGGCCCACCUGUGUAAAUAUUGAUAGAGUUGGAUUGGCCAUUGCCACCAUUUCCUCUUUCCUACUGCAGAGACCCCUCGUGUUGCCCCUCAGUGUCCUCUGUCCCCGAAUGGAGGCAUUUCAUGGAGAUCCCUGGCAGCAGCAGUUGGAGGGGGAGAGGCAGGGAAGUUUCAUCCCACUGUCAGAAAUCUCAUUCUGUAUCCAACCUGUGGUAAUUCAUUGCCUUUUUCAAAAUAUCAGCAUCAUUGCCUUUUCUUAAAUUUCCCAGGGAGGGGUGGGGGGUGGGGGGCUGGUCGAUCAGCAGAACUUUCCCAGCCUGCUAAAUGGUGACACCUCAGCCUGAACCCAUCUAGAGGUAACUUCCAAAAUAGAUGUGUUAACAAGACCGAUCGAUACAUUCAGGCAAGAUAAUAAAAUCAAAGGCAGUCGGGCUUCUCUGCUGGAGUGUGGUAGAAAAGGUUAGUUCUAAAUCUCAUUAAGAAAGCAGCAUGCCCAUUGUCAAAAGAACUCCGUGUGCUCGUUGUCAAAAGUUCUGGAGUGUUACUUGUCUACCUUGGUGACCUAGGAUGACCUGGUUGGAAGUUACUUCUGAUUAACAGUGGGAAGGCUGUCAAUCAGGCACCCUAAAAGCAGUGGCGUAGUGGUUAAGAGCAGGUGUACUCCAAUCUGGAGGAACCGGGUUUGAUUCCCCGCUCUGCC